ACACUCCACCAGUCCACCUACACAUAUCCAAGCAGCCGAGUCUCCAGAGAAGAACACACACAUCAAGAAUGGCAUUAGCAGCCGCCCUUCUGUUCCUGCUGAUGCUGUUGCAUGUGCUGGUAGUGGCACCGGCGUCAGCUCGUCGGCGGCCGCCCGUGGCGCGGCCGGGGUGCCGCGACAGCUGUGGCAACAUCACCGUUUCAUACCCGUUCGGCAUCGGCGCCGGCUGCUACCGCAACGACGGCCAGCAGGGCUUCCAGCUCGAGUGCCAUGACUCCGGCCUCUUCCCUCCGCGUCUCACCGUCAGUGGCUUCGACCACCACCUCGCAGACCUCUCCCUCGCGUCCGGCGAGGCCCGCGCCUACCUCAACGCGACGCGGGAGUGCUUCAGCUCCACCGGCGGCCUCGUCGACCGCACCAACAGCUACAUGUCCCUCCAGUACAGCGUCUACCGCUUCUCCGACGCCAAGAACCGUCUGGUCGCGCUCGGCUGCCCCAACCUCGGCUACUUCGUCGACGGCGACGGAUACUACGUCAGCGGCUGCAUGUCCGUGUGCCGCCCUUCGAGGUAUGCCAUGCCCGGCCCGUGCACCGGCGUCGGGUGCUGCCAGAGCGAGAUACCCGCCGACAUCAGCUUCUUCGGGCCUUACCUGCGCAACUUCCCGCCGUCCAAAGAUUCAACCGCUUUCACCACCAACGCCACGUCCUGCCACUACGUGUUCCUCGUCGAGGACGAGUGGUUCACCUACACCGACCGCGUCUUCCUCAACCGCACCGACGACUUCGCCGUGCCCCUCGUGCUCGACUGGGCCGUCCGCAACAUCGACAACUGCAGCGCGGCCGGCCAAAACGCCACCGACUUCGCCUGCCGGAGCGUGGGCAGCCAGUGCGUCGACGCAACCAAUGGCCCCGGGUACCGGUGCAGCUGCCCCAAGGGCUACGACGGCAACCCUUAUCUCGACCGUGGAUGCGCAGACAUCGACGAGUGCCAUCUGAAAGACGAAUACCCGUGCUACGGUGUGUGCACAAACACGCCGGGGAGCCACACUUGCCAAUGCCCACCGGGUACAAGUGGAGGUGCCACCGCCAAGAACGGCUGCAGGCCAAAGGACAAUUUCUCCCUAGCUCUGAAAACCGUCGUAGGAGUCGGCGUUGGCGUGUUCAUGUCGGUUUUCAUGUGCUUCUGGCUCUACCUGGGGUUCCAGAAGAGGAAACUGAUCAAAGCAAAACAGAACUUCUUCGAGCACAAUGGAGGCGUCAUCUUGCAGCAACAGAUGCGUUCCCAUAGAGGUGCCGCCGAAGGAGGCGCCAGCGGGUUCAAGAUAUUCUCGGAACAAGAGCUAGUGAAAGCCACCAACAACUUCGCCGCCGAUCAGGUCCUCGGACGCGGAGGCCAUGGCAUAGUCUACAAGGGCGUUUUGGAGGACAAGACUGUGGUGGCCAUAAAAAAGUCUAAGAUGAUGGAGGAGUCUGAUAUCAAGGAGUUCGCGAGGGAGAUGCUCAUUCUCUCCCAGAUCAACCACCGUAAUGUUGUCAAGCUGCUCGGUUGCUGCCUUGACAUAGAGGUGCCGAUGCUGGUUUACGAGUACGUCUCAAACGGCACCCUCUACCACUUCCUCCACGGAAAGGAGCUUAACACUGACACAACCUUGGACACUCGUCUCCGGAUAGCAGCAGAGUCCGCGGAGGCGUUGGCAUACAUGCACUCGUCGGCCUCGCCGCCGAUCCUCCAUGGAGAUGUCAAGACCGCCAACAUCCUCCUCGACAACAAUCUCACCGCCAAAGUCUCGGACUUUGGGGCAUCAAAGCUGGCGCCAAGCGACGAGGUUCAAAUCGCAACACUGGUGCAGGGCACCUGCGGGUACCUAGACCCGGAGUACCUCAUGACAUGCCAGUUGACAGACAAGAGUGAUGUGUAUAGUUUUGGGGUCGUGCUUUUAGAGCUUCUCACCGGAAAGAAGGCGAUCUGCUUCAGCGGGCCAGAGGACAGGAGCCUAGUGUCACGCUUCGUAGCAGCCACGAAGGCCGGCACACAUGAGAAGCUCCUGGACGGCCAAGUGAGGAAGGAAAUGGGACCCGAAGCACUGGAAGAGGUCACCCACAUCGUGACCCGAUGCGUGAGCGUGAGCGGGGAAGAGCGUCCGGCCAUGAAGGAGGUGGCGGAGAGGCUGGAGGCGCUAAGGAGGUACCAGCGGCGCCCGUGGGGUCAAGCUGGUGGCAAUGAUUCGGAGGAAGGGCAGAGCUUGUUUGGUAGGGAUAUGGAACGGGGUGUGGAGUACAUGUUUGGGCCUCAAGAUGUCCUUGAUCUUGAAGGGGGUAGCACAUAUACUUUAAGCUUGUAGACUAUGUGCUUGUUCUUUCGCAAAGGUAUAUCUUGACUUGGAUUCUUUUUGAAAUAGUACCAAACGCAAACACUAGAUUGAAGAAGACUGUAAAACUGUUGUUUUGUCCAAAUAUUAUGAAUAUAUAGCACUAAAUUAGAGAAGAGUGUAGAACAUAAAUGUAAAAUUCUCACAAAAACUAAAUUGAACAAUAUAUGUGUUUUUUCGUUCC